AUGACCCAAACCACGGGUGUAGGAAGGGCUCUCUGCUCAAGGAAGCUUUUCCCUAAGUUUCUUGGCCCAUACCAAAUCUCGAGGAGGAUUGAGCCUUUGGCUUAUGAGAUUGCUCUGCCUCCUCAGUUGGCCAAUCUCCAUCUGGUAUUCCAUGUGUCACAAUUGAGGAAAUACGCAUUUGACCCAUCUCAUGUAUUAGAAGCCAAGGAUGUACAGAUUAGGGAGGAUCUUACUAUGAAAGUACAACCCGUUGCUUUGGAGGAUAGCCGAGUUGAGGAACAUCGGGGAAAACCAAUCAGUCUUGUCAAAGUCAUUUGGGACCGAAAGACAAGUGACUAUACUUGGAAGCUAGAGGAGGAUACUUGGUAA